UUCCUAGCUUCAUAUUACGAUCUUAUGUCCCGUUGCCGUGUUUCAUUAAGUAACCUCACCUCCUCACCCGCUCUCGCAAAUUUCCCCGCCACACCUUUCUGAAACAGCAAACAUGCGUACAGGCAAGGUCGUCGUCUUUACCGCUCCCAGCAAACCCCUAGAGAUCCGGACCGAACCAAGCCCCGACCCCUCAGCAGAUCAAGUCGUCGUCCGCGUCUCGAUAGCAGGCGUCUGUGGCAGCGAUGCCCACCGCCUCUCCGGCGACUACCCCGCGCCAUCGCAACCCAUCUGCUUCGGCCACGAAGGCGUCGGCGUGGUUGAAGCCCUCGGCUCAAACAUCACCAGCGACCGCGCCGGCACCCCCCUUGCAGUCGGCGACCGCAUCUCCUGGCUUCCUGCCACACCAUGCGGAGACUGCGAAGCGUGCGAGCUAUCGACGCCGAUGUUCUGCAAAGACAUCAACUGGCCCGCUCCAGCGGGGACACCAAACGCGGCUACAUACCGCGAAUUCGCGACGCUCGGCGCACGCAAUAUCUACUAUCGGAUUCCAGAUACCACGAGUUUGGAGUCUGUAAUUGCCUUCGGGUGCGCGAUGCCGACAGCGCUGCGAGGGUUUGCAAAGCUAGGCCAGAGCGUAGGGUCCGACGUCGUGAUCCAAGGCUCCGGCCCCGUCGGGCUCGCAAUGACGGUUCUCGCGAGCCUGGCUGGUGCGAAGACGAUCAUAGUGACUGGGGGUUCGAAGGAGCGGCUUGAUGCGGCGCGAAAGCUUGGGGCUACGGAGACAUUGUCGGUGAGGUCAACGUCAGUCGAAGAGAGACGUGAGCGAGUGAAGGUACUUACGAAAGGGCGCAUGGCAAGUGUAGUAGUUGAGGCUGCAGGGGUGCCCGAGGCGUUCCCAGAGGGGCUCGAUUUGCUAGGGAUGAACGGGAAGUAUCUGAUUGCGGGAUUGUAUUCUGGAAAGGCCGUGUAUCCGGUUGAUGCGGUGCGGAUUGUUAAUUAUAAUCUGCAGAUUAUUGGGAGUGUAGGUAUCGAGCCGGAGCAUUACUUGAAGACAGUGCAGAUUGCAACGGAACAUGGGAGUCGUUUGGGGUUUGCGGAUUUGAUUACGCAUCGAUUUCCGCUUUCCGAUCUUGAGGAGGCUAUCAGAUCAGCGCGAAUGGAUUCUGUCAAGACGGUAGUUGUUCCUUGAUGAACUCUCUCUAGGCCCCGAGGGAGCCGGAAUAGGCUUUCCCUGCCCACUCAGGCUUGGGGACUGCUACAGUACGUGGUCAUAGGUAUACGCGCACUUCUCUACCACCACUUGUGGAGCUUCACGGUAUUUUCAGAAAUCCAAGGAGACGGAUCACAGUUCCGAUCUGUGUACACUCUGCCAUUGCUUGUGGUGGCUCCACAAGCUUACCAGAUAUUCAGAACUCUGAAAAUAACAUUAGGCACCACAAGCGGUGGCAGGAACGUGUGCGGAUAUCUAUGUCAAGAC